CAGGCAGCCUCAGCACAAGAAAAGAACAUGGUCGAGGCUGAAGUACCAACUAAAUAAUCUCCUUUCACAUUUUCACGGACACCAUCAUGGAUUCAAGCAUGGCACACAGUCCGGUGUUUCUGGUAUUUCCUCCAGAAAUCACUGCUUCAGAAUAUGAAUCCACAGAACUUUCAACCACCACCUUUUCGACUCAAAGCCCCUUGCAAAAAUUAUUUGCUACAAAAAUGAAAAUCAUAGGGACUAUCCAGAUCCUGUUUGGAAUUAUGACCUUUUCUUUCGGAAUUAUCUUCCUUUUCACCUUGUUAAAACCAUAUCCAAGGUUUCCCUUUAUAUUUCUUUCAGGAUAUCCAUUCUGGGGCUCUGUUUUGUUCAUUAAUUCUGGAGCCUUCCUAAUUGCACUGAAAAGAAAAACCACAGAAACUCUGAUAAUACUGACCCGAAUAAUGAAUUUCCUUAGUGCCCUGGGAGCAAUAGCUGGAAUCAUUCUCCUCACAUUUGGUUUCAUGCUAGAUCAAAACUACAUCUGUGGUUAUUCUCACCAAAAUAGUCAGUGUAAUGCUGUUACUGUCCUGUUCAUGGGAAUUUUGAUUGCAUUGAUGACUUUCAGCAUUAUUGAAUUAUUAAUUUCUCUGCCCUUCUCAAUUGUGGGGUGCCACUCAGAGGACUGUGAUUGUGAACAAUGUUGUUGACUAGCACUGUGGGAAUAAAGAUGUGUUAAAAUA